UCCAAGCAUCCAUCUGGUUGGUCUGUUUGCGCUGCACCAUGCAGCAACAGCAGCCAUUUUGCCUCAUCGCGUCGCUCGCUCGCGCGCAUCGCACUUCCUCACGAUCGGGUGUUGGCUCAGGGUAGGUUAUAAACGGGACGAGCUCUCCCCUAUUUGCAUAUUCGUCAGCUCGUAUCCCUUCUUCCUUCUUUCCCUAUAUCGCGGCGCUUCAUCGUUUCUUACGCCCGGUAGGUUUCGGUUUUCAAGGGAUUUCUCGCCCAACACACUCGGGAGUCGAGCUUCGCAAGCUUGAGCCAAGCUUUCACAAUGGCCGGCACGGAAUACCCUCCAAUUCCACGUUCAACCACCAUUACUUACGCGCUGCGCGCUCACGCUACCGCAGCCGCGUGCAUCGUUCUCCUGCUUGCGUACUGCUCAUCAGCCACCGCUCUCAAGCCCAUAUCGAGGCCGCUUAUAUCGAGGCCGUCUUCUGCUCGCCGCGAACGAGUCUCCCUCCGGACGGUUCUGCCUCCCGCGGCGCAAUUUCUAGCGGCGCGGCGGGCGGAGAGAACAUCGGCGGAGAAACUACUAGUAGUACCCGCGGAGCGAGCGGAAGCAGCGACGGUGGGCGGAACCAGCGGCGAUGACAGCCUGUCAACAGCUUUAGGGCUGAGCGGCGCGGCAUCUGCAGCCUCACUGCCGCAGACUGCGGCGGCGAACACGGCGGCUCUUACGGCGAUCUUCACGGCCGCGCAGCUGCCUAUUCCGGCGAACAAGCCGAACGCGUGCGCGUGGCCCGGCGUGACAUGCGCCGCGAACGGCGCUGUUGUAGAGCUGAACCUCACGAGCAGCGUCAGCCGGCUCUUGCUCCCGCCGACGCCGCGCCUUUGCAACCGUACCGCGCGCGAACGAGGCGGAAAGGUCCCCGUGACUCUCUCCGCUUCUAUCGGCCAGUUGACGGAUCUGGUUGACCUCCGUCUGUCGAAUCUAUGGCUCGCUGGUUCGGUCCCGCGGUCGCUUUCCCGGCUUACGAAACUUCAAUUUCUCGAUCUCCAAGAUAACUGCUUCGCUGGUCCUCUCCCCGUCGCCUUUUUUCGUAUGCCGAAACUUUACUCUCUGUCCGCGUCGCGAAAUUUCUUCUCCGGCGGGUUACCACAGCGUCCUGCUGCGUACGCCGCGAUGGUUUCGUUAUCAGAUUUGGAUCUCGGGAUAAAUUUUCUUUCCGGGCCGAUUCCAGCUGCCCUUGCGACGCUGCCGACGCUUCGGGGUUUACUUUUGAACACGAAUCGGCUCUCAGGCAGAAUUCCGCCUGCCCUUCUGAAAAAGGAAUUGUCCGGGCUUGUUCUGGAUUGGAACCGGCUUUCGGAUGACUUGAGCGGGCAGCAGAUAAAAGCUUUUCUCAUUGGCUUAAGCCGGAACAGGCUGUCAGGAAAUCUCAACACGAUCCAGUUCAGCGAGUCGGUAAGCUUCAUCGACUUCUCGGAGAAUCUUUUCUCGGGCACCUUUCCGCAAAUCCUGUGCAGCAACUCGGGCAGCCUUGGAAGCGUUGAUUUUUCACGUAAUCGUCUGACUGGUGCCGUUCCAGCAAAUUGCUUCAAGCCUGCAAAUAGGGUGCUCCUGGCCCUCUUCUUGAGCCGCAACAACUUCUCGGGCAGCUUGCAGCCGUUUUCCAGCCUGCCCAAGAGCAUCGCUGCUGUGGACCUGGGAUUUAACAAGUUCACAGGGAGAAUUCCCCAAGGCCUCACCACGUUACCCCAGCUGUUUAACUUGGACCUGGGGGCCAACUAUCUGACAGGCCCCAUCCCCCACUUCUGCCAGGGCCAGCAAGCCCUUGUCUCUCUCAACCUCGCCUUCAAUGCCCUCUCCGGCCCGCCCACCCCUCUCUCCUCCCCCUCCUGCGCCCCCUCCCUCACCGCCCUCUACCUCUCCUCCAACCGACUCUCCGGCGCCAUCCCCUCUACAAUCAGCUCCUUUAAAAGCCUCAAAUGGCUGCUUCUAGACAGAAACGCCCUCGCAGGGGCAAUCCCGGCUGGGGUGAGCGGCAUGCAGCAGCUGAAGGGACUGGGCGUGUCGUAUAACGGGCUGUCGGGUCCCAUUCCUGCGGCUUGGCCGCGAACUAUCGGCCAGGUGCUGCUGGCAGGGAACCGGCUGUCAGGGGCUGUUCCUGCUGCUCUUAGCAAGCUGAAACGGGCUUCCUUUAAGCCAGGAAACCCUAAUCUGUGCGGAACACCGCUGCCUGCUUGCAAAUAAAACCUCUCCUGCAUAUAAUAAUGUCACGAUUUGUGUGACGCUGCAGUACUAAAGGAAUGGGCUGGUUUGUUGCACAAGUUUGGUGCAACUAACGCAUUUCUGAAGUUCGGUUGGCGACAGCCUUCUGCCUGCCAGGUGGUGGGGGAAUGAAUCAACAUUCAACGGUUGUUCCAUCUGCUGUUCUGCUCUCAACAAACUAAAUAUGGAAGACGCUU